UGGGAUUGAACCAAAACGUGAGCUGGAACUUCAUGAAAACUGCACAGGCACACAGAAGCGAGCGGUUUGGAGAAAGUGUCAAUUAUUGACUGGUGAUCAUAUUCGAAACGAUUGUUUUUGUGCUCGGAUGGAUUAAGCUUGUGAUCAUGGUGGUGAAUUCGGUGCACUGGUUCCGAAAAGGGCUCCGACUUCAUGAUAAUCCCGCGUUACAGGAGGCGUUAAAUGGCGCGGACACCGCGCGCUGUGUUUAUGUUUUGGAUCCGUGGUUCGCUGGAGCUGCAAACGUCGGUGUCAACCGCUGGAGGUUUCUGUUGGAGUCAUUAGAAGAUCUGGAUACGAGUUUAAGGAAAUUAAAUUCGAGGCUGUUUGUGGUGCGAGGGCAGCCCGCGGAUGUGUUUCCCAGACUGUUCAAGGAGUGGAACGUGACUCGUCUGACGUUUGAGUAUGACUCUGAGCCUUACGGUAAGGACCGGGAUGGAGCCAUCAUUAAAAUGGCCCAGGAGUUCGGCGUGGAGACGAUCGUGAGGCACUCACACACACUCUACAACCCGGACAGGAUCAUAGAGAUGAACAACAACAACCCGCCGCUCACUUUCAAGCGCUUUCAGGCCAUCGUGAGCCGCCUCGAGCUGCCCAAGAAGCCGCUGCCCACCAUCACGCCAGAGCAGAUGGCCAACUGCAGCAUGCAGGUCUCAGAAAACCACGACAGGCAUUACGGCGUUCCCUCGCUGGAGGAGCUGGGGUUUAAAACCCAUUGUGUGGGUCUGCCAGUUUGGAGAGGUGGUGAAACUGAGGCUCUGGAGAGACUCAAUAAACAUCUGGAUCGAAAGGCAUGGGUGGCGAAUUUUGAGCGUCCUCGAAUCAAGGCCCACUCUCUUUUUGCCAGCCCCACCGGUCUGAGUCCGUACCUCUGCUUCGGCUGCCUGUCGUCUCGAGUGCUUUAUUACCACUUACGUGAACUCUAUAUGAAGCUGCGUAGACGUUCCAGCCCUCCACUCUCUCUGUUCAGGCAGCUGCUGUGGCGUGAGUUCUUCUACACUGCAGCCACUAACAGCCCCAGCUUCGAUCGCAUGGAGGGAAACCCCAUCUGCGUGCAGAUCCCUUGGGACCGGAACCCCGAAGCGUUGGCCAAGUGGGCCGAAGGCAAGACGGGUUUCCCCUGGAUCGACGCCAUCAUGCGUCAGCUGAGGCAGGAGGGCUGGAUCCACCAUCUAGCACGCCAUGCCGUGGCCUGCUUCCUCACCCGGGGAGACCUGUGGAUUAGCUGGGAGAGCGGCAUGAAGGUGUUUGAGGAGCUGUUGCUGGACGCUGACUGGAGUGUGAAUGCUGGAAGCUGGAUGUGGCUUUCCUGCAGCGCGUUCUUCCAGCAGUUCUUCCACUGCUACUGUCCAGUGGGCUUCGGACGCCGCAUCGACCCGAGCGGAGACUAUAUACGGAGAUAUAUUCCUGAGCUAAAGGACUACCCGAGCCGUUACAUCUACGAGCCGUGGAAUACGCCGGAGUCGAUUCAGAAGGCAGUAAACUGCAUCGUGGGAGUCGAUUAUCCCAAACCCAUGAUAAACCACGCAGAGAGCAGUCGCCUCAACAUCGAGAGGAUGAAGCAGGUUUAUCAGCAGCUCUCACACUACAGAGGCCUUAGUCUGCUCGCAUCAGUGCCCACCAUUCAGGAGGAGGCAGAGCCGUCGAUGUCAGACGACUCUCAGGCCAGCAGCAGUGGUGCCAUCUCGGCGUCCCAUCAGCCACAGCCUCAGUGUGAAUCCCAAACCAACCUCAACCCUAAUCCAGACCUGGACCCCGAUCCCGAACCUUCAGCAUCGUCGGCUCCUGCAGCCGUGAGAAAGCGAGGUCACUCCUCUGAACCCCAAAACUCCCAGAACCCUAAAAUGCAGCACACCAGCCAGACUAAAGCCGAGCAGCUUCACACUGACACCAAGCAAUGAAGAUGAAGGAAAUCUAAAAAGGAGACGAUUCUCAACAACGACGACAAAAUACCCCACCAACAAUACAGGAAAUAAGUGCAGCACUUACAAGUACAAUCUGAGAGGAUAUUAAAAAAAAAGACAUGACACUAAGAUUGCAGUAUGUUAGGGUUUGGCGCAGCCAGAGCUUCAGCACAUCCUGUUCUGUAGACGUGCUACACUUUAAAUAGAGCUUUAAUAGCAUCCAUAUUUAGACUGGCUGUGCUUUGAUCAACGUUUAACACAAUACAGCUAGUAUCUACCCUCGGAUCUCAAACCAACAAAUUCACACUUCUGUUAAUUAAGUUCUUCUUUGGUGCACAGACUAAAGAAGAGUUUUAUCAGUGUUGUAUUUUUUAUUUUUUAUUUUUUAAGUUAUAGUAUAAUUCUAAUUUCUAAAAGCAGCCUAAUAAAGACGCGUAGACUCAGUCGAUGCUUGCGGAACGUACAAUCAGCAGCAUGAAGGAAUUUUAUUCUUUUCUUUAUUUUAACAUCCGUGUUGAGUAAGGUGUUUGGUUCUUAUCUCAUUUUUACGCAGCGAAGCUGUACUCGCAUCAUCCGAAUGUCUUAGCGAAAGGACGUUAGCGUCGUUCUCGUUAAGAGCGACUACAUUCCGCAUUAACUUGCACAUUUACAUGCUUUAUUCCCCCCCCCCCCCCAGCUAAAUUUAUAUUUAUUGUAUAAAAAGAGUUUAUUUAGGUGCAAGUUGUAAAAGUACUGCAGGGACGACGAGCGUGUCGUGCGCUGUCGUCUUCGUGUGCGGAUGGCUGGGGGAAGUGUCUUUACUGUAGAAAUAAAUAAACACUUUGGACACAAAA